AUGACAAUUUUGUUGGAGUUGAAGGAGUAUUGGGGAAAUAAUUCAUCUGAUAUCUUCCAAAUGUGGAAUCUUAAUUACUCACCUUGUAGUAAUUGGCCAGGAAUUACAUGUUCCAGUGAUGGUUUUGUCACAGUUUUGUACAAGUGUUCAAGACUGGAAAUUCUUGAUCUUUCUGGUAACCAAUUCUAUGGACCAUUGCCUACGGAUAUUCAUCGAAUGUCUAGGCUAACUUUUUUGGAUCUCAUCGCGAAUCGUUUCGAUGGUACCAUUCCAAAAUCUAUUGCUUGGCUUACAAAGUUGAAACAUUUGUCUCUUAGUAAGAACAUGUUUGAAGGCACAAUUCCUCCAGAAAUCGGAAAUCUAUCGAAUCUUGAAAAGUUGGGCAUGGCAUACAUGAAGAAAUUCGAGUUUGCUAGUAUUCCAUAUGAGUUGGGAAAGUUGAAGAAUUUGAAAGUGCUACUGAUUAUACAGUCAAAUUUGAUUGGUAACAUCCCUGAAUCUUUUUCAAGCCUUUCGAGUCUCAAAACAUUGGAUUUGUCAAGCAACUAUCUGAAUGGAUCAAUUCCAGGCUGGUUAUUUCAUUUGAAAAGUUUGACAAAAGUAGAUCUUUCGUGGAAUCGUUUAUCUGGAAAUAUUCCAUCACAACUUGAUGAAGAUAUUGACUAUGAUUUGUAUGGUAAUUUUAAUCUCUGUACUUCAAAUACAAGCUAUGCUAGUAAAUAUCUACCCUCAUGCAGCUGUAAUCACAAACAAACCAGAACAAUAAUCUUAGCCCUAGUCGGGACGAUUUUGGUAGUUGUUAUUUUUAUACUCUUAUGCUGGAGGAAGAGGCAGGUAAUUGGAGAUAGGAAGUUCAUCCCUUUACGAAGAACGGAGCUCACGGAAUCAGAAAUUCCACUGAAUUUGACUGACGAGAACUUUAUUGGGAGAGGAAGAUGUGGAGACGUGUAUCGAAUUGCUGUCCAUCAAAAUGGAAGUCAUGUUGCUGUUAAACGAAUACGCAAAGAAAGGGAAUUAGACAGCAGAUUAGAGAAACAAUUUCUGGCAGAACUUCAAAUACUGAGUGAGAUUCAACAUCCAAAUAUUGUGAAACUAAUUUGCUGCAUUUCAAACAUGGACUCGAAUUUCCUGGUGUACGAGUACAUGGAAAAUCAAAGCUUAGACAAAUGGAAGAGGCAGGUAAUUGGAGAUAGGAAGUUCAUCCCUUUACGAAGAACAGAGCUCACGGAAUCAGAAAUUCUACUGAAUUUGACUGACGAGAACUUUAUUGGGAGAGGAAGAUGUGGAGACGUGUAUCGAAUUGCUGUCCAUCAAAAUGGAAGUCAUGUUGCUGUUAAACGAAUACGCAAAGAAAGGGAAUUAGACAGCAGAUUAGAGAAACAAUUUCUGGCAGAACUUCAAAUACUGAGUGAGAUUCAACAUCCAAAUAUUGUGAAACUAAUUUGCUGCAUUUCAAACAUGGACUCGAAUUUCCUGGUGUAA